UUACAGCACGCACUGGGCUAAAGGAAAUCGAAAGGGAAAGCAAUUUGCGAUGAUUUGGUUUCCUGUUUCGAGGAGAGAAGGCUCCUCAUGCUCUCUCACUCCCUGCCCCUGGGCUGUAAAGUUUCUGUAAUUCCACUUCUCCUGUCCGAAAGCAGCACCCCCUCCAAGCUGCACCAGGAGAACCCUGUGGCUCAAGAGCAUUUGUGCUUCUGGUCCGCUCCCCACCCCCCGCGUUGCCUCACGUUGAUCUGGAAGAUGUUGGGUGGUGAAGAGUACGAUUCCACUUGGGCAGAGAGUGAAGAGGAGCCGGAGCCGGAGCCAGAGCUGGAGCCGGAGCCGGACUCAGACUCAGCAACCCCAGCCCCAGCCCCGAAACCCAAGGAGAAAGGAUUGCAAUCGUGGACUGCGAUUUAUUUUCUUCAGUGGUUGUGGGGCCUAAUCCUCUCCAUUUUUUCGAAUUGGACCCUGAAGAAUCGACAGGAGACUGAGCCUAGACUUACUGAGAAGAGGUACCAUCCGAAAUAUGACAUGCCGUAUCGAUGGCGAAACUGGAGAGCAGCAAAGGACCUCCAGCGCUACCGACAUGGUUACCCUGAUUUAGAUGAUAAAGUAAAGAAUAAUGACAACAUCAACUUCAAGUUCUACAUGAACAAAAAGCCCUCUCAGCCAGAUGAGUGGACAAUAGAUGCAAUGUUUACAAAGUUGAAAGGCAACUAUGAGCAAUUGGAGAGGAACCAUUCAUACAUCCAAUGGCUGUUUCCAUUGCGAGAACCUGGAAUGAAUUGGUAUGCCAAGGAACUCACAAGUCACGAAAUUGAGUUAUUCAAAGAAUCUAAAGAUGCAAAAAAGAGGCUGAUUGAAGCAUACAAGAUGAUGCUGGAUUUUUAUGGCAUUGAACUGGUAAAUCAGGAAACUGGUAUGGUGAAACGAGCCCCUCACUGGAGACAGCAGUUCAGGAACCUCAACCUACGCAUGCACAAUAACCUCCGCAUCACUCGGAUACUGAAGUGUCUUGGAGAGAUGGGCUUCGAGCAUCUUCAACCACCAUUGGUAAAGUUUUUCCUUAGAGUGACACUGAUUGAGCAGCAGCUGCCCAAUGUUCGAGAGAGUGUCCUGGACUACUUUCUCUACACCAUUAGAAGUAAAUCUGAGAGAAGAAAAUUGAUACUCUACGCGCAGAAGCACUACAAACCGCUUUCAGAGUUUGUCUGGGGUCCUCCGAAAGGAAUGGAAAACCGAUUCAGCCAUAUCCUUAAUGAACUGGAGAAGGAAGAGGAGGAAACAGUGAAUGAGGAAUCAUCAGAUGAAGGCACAUUGGCUAAAGACAAAGAAAGUAGUUGUUUGUCAUCGGAGACAGACGAAGGCCGCAGUUCAAAACAGAGACGCCUAAUGAAACAAAGGUCUUUAGAUUUAAGGGAGAAGAGUGCAAACUGUGUGGAAGACACUGAGAAAGGAUCUGAGGAUCAUAUAGAAACUAAAAAGCUUGAAGUAGCCACAAGCCUGGAGGAGUACAGUGCUGAAGAAAAGAGCAAUGUUGAUGAGAAAUCUCCUGUCUCAGAAGAUAAGUCUAACCAAAAAGGAAAUGUUGGAAAACAAGCUGUAUGUGUAGAAGAAGAUCCCACGGAAGACAUUGACCCAAGCACUGAGAGACUGGUGGAGGGUGAUGAAGUACCGAAGAAUUGCCAAAACAAAUCUGAGAAAAUUGAAGGUGACUUGAAGAUACAAUUAGUGGAUAGUGGAGCUACCUGUCGGAAAGAAAAGGAAUCAAAGGAAAAAUUACUGUCAAGAGAAGCAGAACCAUUUAUCAGUGAAGAGGAUAAGCCUGUAACGGAAGGGAAAGUUGUAGAUAAAACAACAGAAGAGGUUGAGCCAGGAUGUCUGAUCGUUGAAGCAGAUAAUCCUGCAACAGAGGAAAGUAAAACUGGGAAUCCAGCAACAAGAGAGCCAGAUAAGACAAUUAAACCACAGCCAUUUACCACUCUUGAAGAUAUACCUGCAACUGAAGAUAGUAAGGCUUGGGAUAUAACAAAGGAAAAGCUGGAUGAGGUAGCUAAGUCACAACUAGUUAUCACAGAAAAGGAUAAAUCUCCAAAAGAAGAAGGAACAACCAGGAUUAUGGUCAUAGAGCAGAGUAAAGUGUCAACAGAGCUAGAAAUUCAUGAAGGACAAAGUAAAUCUGUUUCUGAAAGGAAGAUUCAGAGUUCUACUGAAGGUGAAAGCGAGUGCAUGGAAGUAAUGGAAACGCAAGAAGUAGGACUGGGACAUCCUACGGAAGAUGUAAAAUAUCCUGGGGGAAAAGGUGUGGAAAUGGAGAUAGAAACUAAUAAACCUUGUGAGGUGGAAGGAGAUGUAGAAAUGGAAGAUGGUCAAUGAAUACCUCAGUAUUAGCAGUACAAUGGCUUAUUGGUUCACUAUUUUGCUGUGUUGUCAAGCAUUUAGGAUAUUACUUCAAACAGGAGCUCCAAGUGUGCGAUCAACAGCAGCGUCCCAAUCAAAUGGGCUAAACUACGCCGUAGGAUUGGGGACUAGGAGAGUGACUUAUCUCAUGUGGCAACCAUGGACCUUUUAAUGCCAAAUACUAAAUGGUACUUAGAGGUUAAUGGCGGGUGUGUGCAUGAGUAUAUAUUAUACUUGAGUUCUUAAAUAAAGUUCUGAUAACAGAUGAAGUUAAAUAAUAAAUAUUUUGUGCCACA